AUGGUCAAGAUAUGGAAGCUACAAGGAGGCAUUCAGUUCAAAGGAGUAGGCACUAAUCUCUUUCUGAUUGAGUUCCAAAACGCAAGUGAUAUGGCAAAGGUUAAGCAAGGCAGACCCUGGAUGUUUGAUCGCAACUUGAUUUGUUUAGAGGAUUAUAAUGGCCUGGUUACUCCCGAGGAAAUGGGUUUUGAUAAAGAACCAAUCUGGAUACAGCUUCACAAUAUCUCUCUGGGGAGUAUGACCAAGAAAGUGGGGAAAAAUAUAGGGGAGUUGGUAGGUGAAGUGCUGGAGAUUGUUGUAGAUGAAGAAGGGGUCGGUUGGGGGCCUUAUUUACCUGUUAAAACCUCCAUAAACAUUACAAAGCCCCUAACGAGAGGAGUUAUGAGCUCUUUCAAUGGUAACCGAGUAUGGAUACCAUUUCGCUAUGAAAGGCUACCCUCUUUCUACUUUAGCUGUGGCAUUAUCAAACAUGGAAAAGAAAGGUGUGAGAUGCUUGUGCUCAUAAGAUCCAUGCAUGGAAAGGAAGAGACUCAGUAUGAGGCAUGGUUACGAGCUUCAUAUGAGAAGAACUACAUCAAAGAGUUGCAGAGUGUACAAGGUGGGGAUGGAGUUGCACUAGUUCAGUGUUCUGAGCAUAAGGAGGUACAUGAUGAUGUGGCCUAG